AUGUCCAGUAAUUAUUCUAUCCAGUUCGAAGGGUCAAGACCAGCGACGGCCUCAAGGAGGCAGUCGUUUACCGGAAGUAUGACCGACUCCAUUCGUUUCGCACAGUCACAGACAUCUCUUGGUCGUCCGUCCGCUCUUCGGCCGACGACCAUGAAGAUUGAUGAAAACAAACGCUACCGUGCAAUCAUCAAACAUCUCCAUGCCAAAGCUUGUUCGAUGCGAUGGAUGACAUCAGAACCCUCAUAUCCAGCAACAUGCGAAGGCGUUCUCAUCCGGAAAGGUGCAGGGGAGUAUGUUACAGAGCCACGGACAACUGAUCAGCUUCUUCUCCAUGCAGUGCAACGGAUCAACCCUGGUGUUGCCUUAACGAUGUCUACCGACGGUACACAAGCAAUCUUCGAUGUCCUUGAACCGUUUGAGACCGAGUUGAUGUUCCAAAAUGGAUCUCAGAUUCAAAUCUUUGACUCCAUGGCCGAUGUCACUGCCUGUUCUACAAUCAAGAAAUUUCAGUAUGCCGCUCUUAUUCGACAAGAGCGGCUUCUGCUUGUAUGGCACGACGACCUUGGAGCCAUUUUGUCUCAAGCCAUGGAGAUCGAAUCGAGGAUAUUGGCUCUCGUAUGGGGGACCUCCAAGUCUCCUUUCAGUGGCUUUGAUAGCGCUAUACAGUCAAGCGCAAAUUCUACCAUGGGCUCCAGUGUCGACUUUGAUGUCUCGAAGGAAAAGGAUGUUGAUGUCAAUGCCGAAGAGGUUGAUGUUGACGCCGAGAAAGCUGAAGGACCCAAAGAGUCACUCGCACGACCACUCAUCUUCACAAGUUCCAUCUUCGUUGGCUUAGCCAUGGUGCUAAUAAUAAUCCUGGUGUUUGGGCUUGGCAACCGUCAACUGAUUCUUCAGACCAUGACCGAUCAUUUUUAUCCUCGUCUACUUCUAGUCCUUACGGAACCAAUCUGGGUGGCCUUGGGUCUCUUCUUCGUCGUCGUUGUUUUUGGUAACUUGUUUGAAGUCAUCGGGCCCAUUGGAGGUGUCAAGUCAAACAGUCGUUUCCACAGCGCGAUCAAGCCCAACUUGGCGCAGGCACGUUCUCUCGGGUUCACACCAGCACCAAUUACGAUUCAAAUGCCCAUCUACACAGAGUCGCUAGAAGGUGUUGUCAAGCCCACUGUCGCCAGUUUGCAAGCAGCUAUCUCGUAUUAUGAAUCGCGCGGUGGUACAGCACGUAUAUUCAUGAACGAUGAUGGCAUGGCAAUCCGUUCCGAAGAGGACAACCAAAAGUUUCUGGAAUUUUACAAGAAUAAUAACAUCGGUUGGGUAUCUCGUCCUAAGCACAACCACGAAGGGUUCGUACGCAGGGGGAAAUUCAAGAAGGCAUCCAACAUGAACUUCGCCCUCAAUGUUUCAAAUCGCGUAGAGGACCAGCUCCAAGCGCUGGUCGACAACAGGUACGAGAAGGGAAAUGCAGCAAUUACUGAAAAGGAAGAGCUUGAUCUUUAUUACGAGGCGCUUGACAUUGUGCUGGCGGCCGACCCACGAGCAAAAGCUGGUGGUAACAUCCGCAUGGGAGAGAUCAUUCUUAUUGUUGACUCAGACACCAUUGUACCUGAGGAUUGCCUCAUGUAUGGAGCAGCGGAGAUGUUUCUAUCCCCUGAAGUUGCCAUCAUCCAACAUGCAACUGGUGUCAUGCAGGUACAAUAUGAUUACUUUGAGAACGGCAUCACAUACUUCACAAACCUUGUGUACACAGCCAUUCGAUUUUCCGUUGGCAGUGGUGAAGUUGCACCUUUCGUCGGUCACAAUGCUUUCUUGCGAUGGCAAGCUGUUCAGUCGGUAGGCAACCCCCCAGAAGAAAACGGCUACGUUUGCUUCUGGUCCGAAAGUCACGUCUCUGAAGAUUUCGAUAUCGCGCUCCGUCUCCAAAUUGGAGGCAACAUCGUUCGAUUGGCCAGCUACCAUGGGUGUGGAUUUAAGGAGGGAGUAUCGUUGUCCAUCUUUGAUGAACUGGACCGAUGGGAGAAAUACGCAUACGGUUGCAACGAACUCGUGUUCAAUCCAGUCCACACCUGGCUCUGGAAAUCUCCCUUUACAAAACUCUUCCGCACAUUCUUGACUUCCAACAUUCAACUCUCAUCUAAAAUCAGUAUCUGCGGCUACAUCUUCUCCUACUAUGCCCUUGGGUCUGCCGUCCCUCUUGGCGCCUUGAAUUACUUCCUUGUUGGAUGGCUCAACGGCGACCUUGACAAGUACUAUGUGCCCUCAUGGCAGAUUUUUGUUACCUUGAUCGUCGUCUUCAACUUAAUGUCGAACAUCUGCUUCGCUGUUAUGCGGUAUCGAAUCGGCGAAGCUGGACUCUUGCAAGCACUUUUCGAAAAUCUAAAGUGGAUGCCCUUCUUCAUGAUCUUCUUCGGCGGUGUCUCCUUCCACAUCCUCUUGGCUAUCUGCGCACACAUGUUCAGUAUCGACAUGAGCUGGGGCGCUACGGCCAAGGAGAAAGAUAACUCCAACUUUUUCGCCGAGGUCCCGAAGAUCUGGAAGAGGUUUAAGUGGAUGUACAUGAUGAUGUUUGCCAUGGUCGGAGGUAUGAUUUACCUCGGCAAGUUCGCUCCGCAUGGGUGGGAGAUCGAUGGCUUGACUGCCGUCCUUCCGUGGUCGGUCACCGUCAUAAUGCACUGUCUUCUGCCUAUCGCGUUGAACCCUUCCCUGACUGUCUUCAACUACUAG